AUGAAGGUCUACCAGAUCGUGCUCUCUCUACUAGCGUUGGGGGUGGGCUUGCAUGCCGCAGACCCCGACCCCAAUGAGUUUCCAUCAUCUGCUAUUUCGUGUAUGCACCAGCUGUUUCAAGGAGAGUGGAACUCGACGACAUACCUCUGCGCCGACGAGGCACGGCAGACUACCCUAGUGGACUGCGUAGCCAGGAAUGGUACAACCAAGGAAGAAUUCAGUGAGUCUUCAGCAGACCUGAUGGGCCGUUUCGAGAGGUUAACCAUAGACAGUCACGCAGCGAUUGACCGAAGAAUCCUGCAAUAUCACACCCCGCCAAGGCCCCCCCUCAUUGAGGGCUCGACUUUGGCACCCCUCAUCCUAGCCACCUUUUUCUUCACCAUCCGAAUCGCGGCCAAAAGCUUCAAUCUUGGUGGUGGCUGGGGGUUGGAUGACCUGACCAUUAUCAUCUCAUAUGUCAUGGGUGUGACCAUGUUCGUGCUUAACAUUUAUAUGAUCAAAUACGGCUUCGGCAAGAAUAUCUGGGAUAUCCCCUUCGAUGACAUCACUCAAUUCUACAAGUAUUUCCAAGGUUUGGCCGUGAUGUACAAGAUCCAAAUCUCCCUCGCCAAGAUAUCCGUGUGUCUGUUCCUGCUCCGGAUCUUCCAAUCCCGGAUGUUCCGCACGCUCGCAUAUACGCUCAUCGGAAUCAACGCAUCGAUAGGAAUCACAUGGGCACUUGUGGAUGGACUAAGAUGCACUCCGGUCCAUUUAGCAUGGGAUGGCUGGAAGAAUGAGGAUCCCGGGACCUGCAUUGAUUUCAUUGAUGCCAUCUUGGGCAACUGCUUAGUGAAUAUCAUUGUCGACGCCAUCAUGGUCCUGAUGCCGGUUUACGAAGUGAGCAAACUGCAGCUGCCGUUGUACAAGAAGCUCAGCGUCGGUCUGAUGUUCGUGAUGGGAUCUGUCUUGACUGUCAUCGGCAUCAUCCGAGUGGUCGUGUUCUGGAACAACCGCUGGGGCCAGAAUCAGACCGCUGGUAUAUAUCCCCUGAUCCACUGGUCCGUCAUCGAAUCGCAAGUGGCCAUCAUCUGCGCCUGUCUCCCGUCGUCCCGCGCUCUGCUCAACCACUUCUUCCCCGGUGUUUUCAGCGGGUCCACCAAACGAACGUAUGCCACUGGACCGAGCCACUGGUACGCCAAGGGCCAGUCGAAUGGACAGAGCAAGAUCAACAAAUCGGUCAGCUACACGGUUCGGUACUCGUCAUCGUCACAAAGGGAUGAUUCGAACAGUGUGGUACAACUAGUCGACCUUGACCCGAAACCACCACAUUAUUAG